UGUAGUUUAUUGGUUACAUUAGAUCUAUCCCAAUGUCAUUGGUUUAUGACGUGCCUCUUGGACAACUAGUAGGCGGGGUCCAAACCCGACUUCUAACUAAGGUGAACGUCAUGGCUGCUUCUGUGGUGAGAACUGUAGGGUCAAAUCUGGGGAAAAACCUGAGAGAAAUACGCUUACAUCUCUGUCAGACAUCUGAAGCUAGUCAGGGGGCCAGGAAUUUCAUCGAACAGCAUUAUGUGACUUUGAAGAAAGCCAAUCCUGAAUUUCCAUUCUUAAUCAGAGAAUGUUCUGGAGUCAAAGCUAAACUAUGGGCCAGAUAUGAUUUUGGUAAAGAAAGGAGCGUGCCCUUGGACAACAUGAAUGCAGACCAAGUUGUCAAAGCUUUGGAAGCAGCGGUCAAUGCCAAACCAUGAAGAUCCAUCAGAAAUUGGUUGUACCUGUGGGAUCCUAUUAUACACACUUUACUGGAACAUAGUUUGUGUCAAUGUAAUGCAAUUGAAAUCCCAAUGCAUGUUAAUAAAAUUAAGUCCUAUUGUAUAUGCAUAUUAUUUUAUUUUAAUUAUCCAUAACUAUUAAAUGCUCAACAGUACUACGCUUAACUUUGUUUCUAAGUAUUUCUUAUUUCUUUUAAAUAAAAAAAAAUUAAAAAUCAUACAGGCAACAAAGGACAGGAAUGCGGUAAUUAUGCACAAUUUAUUUUUUAGUUGAAUUCAUGCGAGAACAAAACAGACAUUUUUAAUACAAAGAAGCCUGAAAACCUACUGUAUGCCAUCCUGUACAAAAAUGUUGUAAAUAUUUUAAAUACUCCAUAUUGGGGCAUUCAUAAAGUCACGAUUUUCAGUA